GGCGUGCAGUGCGGUCAUUCCGCUUACCUCCGGAGAGCCACCGGUCGCGCGCGUCGGUCACGUUAUCGGCACCGUCAGGUGAUCCGCGCGCGCGGUGACAGUGCACCUGGCCCUGCCACCGUCGCAGUCGCAGCUGUCGAACGUCGGAAAUCCGUAUCGGCCUGCUACCAUGAUACGCUCCUGCAUCCCGAGCGGGCUAUCGCGCGUGAACGUCAACGUCGUCAUCGACAUCGAGGCGUGGUGACGCGACGUCGGCCGACGAUCUCAGUUCGCCGGCAACGGGCGUCGCGACAGCUCGCGCCGUAACGCGGGAGGAAGUUUGGCCGGAAGAAGAGAUUGCACCCCCGAGAAGAAGAGGGUGGACUACCAAGGGGGGGGGGGUGCGAAGAGAAGACAAGCAAGGAGGACGCGAAGGAGAGGACGAGAGAGACGUGCAAUUCCACGACGAAGGGGGUGACCGAGGGAGCACCACCGAGGGGGGGGGUGGCAGCGAGGAAAAAAGGUGGGGGCGAGGACGAAGUCAGACGGGGGUCAGCGGGUUAAAACACGUGGAUGCUGUGGCCGGUGUUGGGGGGGGAUGACGGGCUGAGCCCCACAGCGUCGCCCACGCCGGCGGCGACCGGCGCCGUCUCCUCCGCUAAGGGGGUGAACAAACUGACCCCUCUGCUGCUCUGCGCCCCCUGCAAGCCCGGUGGCCACCGGAAGAGCCAGAGCUCCACCCAGUGGUACGUGCAACAGCCCACGUGGCGUUUAUGGGGCGAGGAAAGAGGCGACGGCGUCAUAUACACAGUAUAUCUAAAGAAGGUCCGAUACCAUCGGCCCACGAGAAGUCUUUCAGCAUCGGAUUCUGACGACGAGAUUUCGCAUUUGGAAUGGGAGACGGUGCGAGUGCGUUUCUUGAAGGCCGGCACGGUGCAGCGGCUGGUCGAAAGUCUGGCAAACGACGACGGCGAGCUGGAGUCCACUUACAUAAACAUCUUCCUGGCGACAUACCGGGCGUUCACCAGCCCGCGUGAAGUCCUCGAGCUGCUGCUCGCGCGAUACGACGCCCUGGACGGGACCGCCGGCUGCGAGCAGCACCGCAAGACCCUCGUCCAGGCUCUGCACGUCUGGCUGGACGCUUAUCUAGGUGACUGGAAGUCACCCCCGAGCCAUCCCCUGCUCACCAGGCUUCUCGAGUUCACGCAGCAGCGUCUUCUUGGCUCUGAGCUUGAACUCAAAGCUAAGCACCGACUGCACCGGUUUCAACGGGAGGAUCAGAUAGACUGUAUAGCAUACGACAAUGGUCGACUACCCAUGCGCGGUUCCCCGGAUCCGAUGGCGGAUCACUGGGGGAACUACAUCUUCCCCGAGGUGCCCCACCGUCAUUUCGCCGAACAGCUAACCCGGAUGGAUGCCGAAGUGUUUAAGAAGCUGGUUGCCCAUCAGUGUCUUGGCGCCGUAUGGUCCAGGAAGGAUCGUUCCAGGAGUCACGAAGCCGCCACGGUGGUGGCAACCGUGAACCAAUUCAACGCCGUCUCGUUACGUGUGAUCUCGACGAUUCUGACGGACACGACGCUCAAAUCUCAGGAGCGCGCCAGAAUCCUCGAGACGUGGAUCGACGUCGCGCAGGAAUUGCGGAUACUCAAGAAUUUUAGUAGCUUAAAGGCGAUCGUCUCCGGCCUCCAAAGCAAUCCGGUGUAUCGACUGGAGAAGUGUUGGCAAUGCAUGCCUCGGGAGAAGCACGAACUCUUCCGCGAGCUCGAGAGGAUAUUCUCGGAGGAGAACAACGCCUGGACACAGAGGGAGUUGCUCAUCAAAGAGGGCACUGCUAAGUUUGCUGACACUGCCGGCAGAAGCGAUAGGCAUCUGCAGAAGCUCUUUCAAAAACAGAAUACUCACGCGGGCAACAUUAGUUACGGCACGAUACCGUACCUAGGUACCUUCCUGACUGACCUCACUAUGAUCGACACAGCGAUUCCGGAUACGAUAGCCGAUGGUCUCAUCAAUUUUGAUAAAAGACGGAAGGAGUUCGAGGUGCUCGCCAGGAUAAGACUUCUGCAGGGCGCGGCAAAUGCAUAUAAUUUCAGCAUGGAUCCCGUGUUCGAUCGUUGGUUCCACUCGGUGGUGGUGUUGGACGAUCGGGAAGCGUACAAGCUCAGCUGUCAGAUCGAGCCACCACCAGGGAACACUCUCAACAAUCGCGGCAAGAAGAAACAGGGUCAUCAAGGUCACCGCAAGAAUGAUUCAAUUGCCUCAACGUCCAGUUCGAGCAGUUCGCAGUUUUACUGCGACCUCGAUUCCCUCCCGAGCUCGCCUCACAACUCGCUGGACCGGCGAACGUCACCGUCACAAAUGUCCAGUUCGUCCUCGAGCUCGUCUCUACCGUCCCUGGACGUAUCCCUAAGCUCCGGUGGAGGUGGCAGUCAUCAGACUCGUCUGGCACCCCCAGUCGGUGCUGUGGCGGCCAACGGUAGCACUCCGAAUCUCGCCGGACUGUCUAGUCCCAGUCACUCGCACAAGAGCUCGCCUGAUUUCUAUAUUAUCAAAGUCACCAUGGAGACGGAUAACGUGGAAACGCAAGGCGUGGUGCUGUACAAGUCGAUAAUGCUAUCAAAUAACGAGCGAACGCCGCAGGUUAUCCGAAACGCCAUGCUGAAGCUCGGCCUUGAAGGCAGUCCCGAUCAGUACACUCUGGCCCAAGUGUUACCCGAUCGGGAAAUGGUACUGCCCAACUCGGCUAACGUCUAUUACGCUGUAAAUACCGCGCACAAUCUCAACUUCAUCUUGAGACAGAGGAGAGAGCCCAAUGACAUGACCUCGGACAGUCCCAGGAGCAAAGGCAGCGGACACAACCACAAGAGGUAGUCUUAAAACAGUCGCUGAGUGCCCAGAACAAGAGGAUUCUCCGAAGUCUCCCGCUGACGUAAGCGGGAAAUAGUUCUUGCGGGGAGCGACAGUCACGUGAACUUUGGACGCGAAGUUAGAGUGCUAAUGGAUUCUCGGAUUGCUCUCGUGAAGGAGAGCAAAUUGAAGUCGAUCAACAUAAUUGCGAUAAAAGACAAAUGCGAUGUUGUCAGCGUACGUCAGCGAACAAAUACUAAGCUGUAAUAUCACGCUAAAUGAAUUAACAUUUGGUAUUACAAUAUUGAUGUCAGUGGCACCUUUCCAGCACAGGGCCUGUAGCAACGUUGCCGCGAAACGCUUGCAAGAUUAUCCGCAACGUUGGGAUGAUUUGUGCUGUAUGGGUUAUUUGACGCCAUCAUUAAUACACAAUUGGUAAUGUUAAUAUUACUAAUUAACGUUAUUAACAGUAAUGUUAACAGUACUAAUUAAAUAAUAUCGCAACAAUACAUAUCAAAGUAUUACAGCUUAACAUCCGGUUCGCCAUUAAAGGUAUUCCAUUGUAAUUUAAAGAACGAUGAUUUAUUUAAUAGUUGUACAACGUGAAGAAAUGACGAUCACAGUGUCAGGCAUCACAAUUACCGCAAUCGAUCGCGCAUCCUCGUUCGUUCUCCGUCGCGAAUCGAAGAGGGCAAAUCUCGCCGUACUCGCGUUCAUUAAUUUGUUUAUUAGGAUUAACCAUGACAACCCGGCCGCUUCGCCUUUUUGAACGCGACGCAAACAAUCGGACGGCAAGCCGAGGUGUAAUUAAGCGCGGUCACUCGUACAACCGGAAGUGCGUAGGCCCACGCACGUAUCGCACAAAACGCACGCACGAACGCACGCACGCAUGCACACGCACACGCACAC